ACCACCGACCAGGGUCAGUCUUGAGCAAGAUGUCCCGCUGGCUGAACGCACUUCUGAUCGCCAUCGCUCUGCUGGCCCAACCUAGUUGGUCGGCCCCGGAAUGUGGCCGUACUCCGGAGCAAUGCAAGGAGCACAGGAUGCAUCCGGAUAUGCCGGAACCGGAGCGAAAUGGAAAGGCAUUCCGGGUGGUUGAGGGCGAGGAGACCAACGCCUAUUGGCGCGAACAGGGCGUUCAGUUUGUUCAGCAAAAGUUGGCUACCGAGCUGAAUAAGCGCCAGGCCAAGAACGUGAUCCUUUUCCUGGGUGACGGAAUGGGUGUGACCACCACUUCAGCGGCUCGCAAUCUUUUGGGUGGAGAGGAAAAGUCCCUGUCCUUCGAGAACUUCCCCUACACGGGACUCUCGAAGACCUAUUCCGUGGAUAAGAUUGUUCCGGACUCGGCGUGCACGGCAACCGCCUAUUUGUGUGGCGUGAAAGGUCAGGAGGGUACCAUCGGCGUGAAUGGUCAAGUUCCCCGCACCGACUGCAAGGUCAUGUUGGACGAGAGCACCCACGUCGACUCAAUUGCCAAGUGGGCCCUGGACGCAGGCAAGUGGGCAGGUCUGGUGACCACCACCCGCGUGACCCAUGCCUCCCCCUCCGGUGUUUACGCCCACAUUGCGGAACGCGACUGGGAAAACGAUGCCGAGGUUGCUAGCGAUUGUGGAUCUAACUCCGGCAUCCAGGACAUUGCCUAUCAGUUGGCCCGCGGCGAGGUGGGCAGCAAACUAAAAGUGAUCAUGGGCGGUGGACGAAAGCACUUUGUGGACUCCAGCCUGGCAUCCUAUGGUCAGCGUACCGACGGUCUAAACCUUAUCGAUGAGUUCAAGGCAGCCAGCGCUAAGAAUGUCUAUGUAACGACCGCUGCGGAACUGGAGGCAGUGGAUUUGACCACUACCGAUCGUCUCCUCGGUCUUUUCAACGAUGAUCACCUGCAGUACCUGAUGAAAACUACGCCGGAGAGUAACCAACCCACUCUAGAGCAGAUGACCCGCAAGGCCAUCGAGUACAUGAGCCAGAGUGAUCAGGGUUACUUCCUCUUCAUUGAGGGCGGUCGCAUCGACCAAGCUCAUCACGAUAAUAAAGCCCGAAUGGCUCUAAAUGAAACCAUUGAGUUCUCCAAAGCCAUUGCAGCUGCCCAGGAGCUGACCAGCGAGGAUGACACUCUGCUGGUGGUCACCGCUGAUCACUCGCAUGUCUUCACCUACGCAGGAUACUCGUACCGCGGUGCAGAUAUAUUUGGAACGACUCCAACGAAUGGACACGAUGGCAAACCCCAAAUGGCUUUGAGCUACGCCAACGGACCGAGCUUCGAGAACUUUUACGAUGCGGAAACUAAGGAACGCAAGGAUCCCACCACAUUGGUGACUGGAUCGCAGGACGAUGAGUUUCCCUCAGGAGUGCCAAUCGACUUGGACUCCCACGGAGGUGACGAUGUUCCCGUGUAUGCUCUAGGUCCAUGGGCGCACCUGUUUACCGGAGUCUACGAGCAGAACACUAUUCCCCACCUGAUGGCCUACGCAUCGUGUUUAGGCGAGGGCCAGACCAUGUGCAAGUAGAAGCUACUAGAAGAGCUAGAGAGGAUGCCAUGCCGCCUGGCCAUUACAAUUAAGUUUGAAGCUCAUUAAAUCCAGCCAGCAAGCGGCAUUUGCAUUCGCCUGCACUCGAGUUUAUUAUGCGAA